AUGGAUUCCACUGAGAUCUCUUUGGGAAUUGUGAUUGUGUUACAGUUCAGCAUAGGGCUGUCAGUCAACGUUUUCCUUCUCCUGUUUUAUGCUCGGGUGGUCUCCGCCAGCCCAAAGCCCAGCUCCUCCGACCUGAUCCUUACCCACCUGACCUUGGCCAACACCAUCAUCCUCCUCGCCAAUGGAAUCCCUGAGACCUUGUCAUGCUGGGGAUGGAAAAACUUCCUGGAUGAUGUCGGAUGUAAAACCCUCAUGUACUUUGGUCGAGUGGCCCAGGGACUUAUCGUCUGCACCACCUCUCUCCUGAGCAUCUUCCAGGCCGUCACCAUCAGCCCCGGCACCUCCCGAUGGGCGGGGAUCAAAGCCAGACUCCCCAAGUGCAUCAUCCCCUCCUUGAUCAUCUUCUGGAUUCUCAAUCUGCUGAUAGACAUUAACAGCGCUAUAUAUAUGAGAGGUCCCCGAAAGAAUGGCAGUGCUGGAAUUGUACUGGAUCUGAAAUAUUGCUCAAAGGUCAUUGCCAGUGCAGAAAUCAACCUGAUCAUUUCGGUCAUGCUCUCCUUUAGGGAAAUAUUCUUCGUGGGACUCAUGAGCUUGGCCAGCGGCUACAUGGUGUUCGUCCUGCACAGACACCACCAGCGGGUACGACACCUCCACGGGCCCGGACGCUCCCCCGGAGAGACGCCCGAGGUCCGAGCAGCCAAGAGGGUCGUUGCCAUGGCAACCCUCUACGUCCUCCUCUAUGUAAGACAGACCAUCAUGCUGAGCAUCAUCCUAAACCUCGAAGAGAAGUCUCCUCGGCUGGUGAAUGGCCACAUGGUCUUUUCCCUCACCUUCUCCACUCUCAGUCCCUUCUUGAUGAUCCACAGCGAUGGGAGGAUGAGGGCGUUCUGGAAAAAGGAAGUUCCGAUUCCAACCCCGAUCCCUCCUAGGCUUCCAGAGAAGCCAGCCGACCUCUGA